AUUUCCUCAUCAACACUCCAAUCCCUUCAAUCGCCCUUGUCUGAUCUCAAACCCUAACUCUUCGAAUUCUUGAAUUCUCACAUCCUAUAAUGGCACCCAAGGCCGAGAAGAAGCCCGCGGAGAAGAAGCCCGCCGAAGAGAAGAAGUCGACGGUGGCCGAGAAAGCCCCGCCGGCCGAGAAGAAGCCCAAGGCUGGAAAGAAGCUCCCGAAGGAAGGUGGGGCCGCUGCCGGAGACAAGAAGAAGAAGAGGAACAAGAAGAGCAUCGAGACCUACAAGAUCUAUAUCUUCAAGGUCCUCAAGCAAGUCCACCCGGACAUUGGGAUCUCCAGCAAAGCAAUGGGUAUCAUGAACAGCUUCAUCAACGAUAUCUUUGAGAAACUCGCUCAAGAGGCAUCUAGGCUCGCUCGUUAUAACAAGAAGCCUACAAUCACCUCCAGGGAAAUCCAGACGGCGGUUCGGCUGGUGUUGCCCGGAGAACUUGCCAAGCACGCUGUUUCCGAAGGCACCAAGGCGGUGACCAAAUUCACAAGUUCCUAAAUCUGGUGGUUAAUUGGGUUGUGUGUUGACGUUUAAACCAAGUCUCAGAUAUCGAUUGCCCGUAAAUUUAGGUUUAAGUUUAGUAGUGGCUUUUUCUUUGCUGUUCUUCUUUUGGGUUAAAGGCCUGUAAUUGAAGCUUCUUGUGGAUGGCAGAUUUAGGAGUAUAGAUUCUUAUUAUGUUGGUAUGGUCCCUCAAUGAUAUAUGGAUUAGCUAGAAUCAUAGUUUAUCUGGAAUGUUAUAUAUUUUCGACGAUUAAUCACUAUGAUCUUUUUGUGUAUUUCUUUUUUAAUUUUUAA